AUGGAAGAAGAUACUGGCGCUGGUGCUGGAUCCGCUCAGGGUGCUAAUCAGGCGAAUGCAGGACAAGAGACUGGAGCAGAGACUGGGCCAGGUCGGAUUCAGAUCCAUCAGUACGUGGAGGACAACUCGUCUUUGUGUGAAGUGAUCGUGGGAGAAACGGGGAUCACAACCUGCGUUAGGGCUUGAAACUUCACUACGUCCGUUAAAACAGUUGACUAGGUCUUCUUACUAGUACGCUGUUCCUCAAGUUUAGCGAUCAUUUUUCUGAUGUUUCUUAUUGGGAGUCGGAAGAACUACAGGGAAAAAGUGAAAAAUUAAAAUUGUUUCCGUUUCGUGUUCUAAACUUGGCCUCGAAAAAUGGAUGACGGCUGUGCGGGACAGCGUGGCGGCGCUCAUGGGCUCUCGUGUCGUCAUCCCGGACGACAUGAUGCAAGGAUUUGCCCGGAAUCGAAUACAUCAACUGCUCGUAGAUAAGUUACCGGUACGAGAAAUUCUCUGCCGACCAGGGGGAUCCGUUACAACAACGUCGGCGGAGAACGAAGUGGCGAUGCUCACUGGCGACAGUUGUGCGAAGUGCCUCAUCUGUCUUAUGAAAACAGCGCUGGAUAGUGUGUUCUAGGAAUGCUUUACAGCUGUAGAAGUAUGCUAAUCCUAAAUUAGGAUGAAGCUAUCUUGCUUGUACUUACUGUCACUCUCAUCUUCUUGAAAGAAAAGUCACCGCUUACUGUUUACUCGUUCAUAAAGUAACAGGAGCUGCAGUCGGGUGAGACUCGGUCUCGAGGACAGUCAUGCCACUUACUGUCAUGCACAGACGAUCUCCGGCCUCGCGGCACUGCGACCGGGAAGGCAGGGGUACAACAAGAAACAGGUAUAACUAGCUUUCGUUUUGUAGAAGGGAGCAACGAUAAUGGAUACCUAGCGUCUUCCCCCAUUUAGUGCUCAUAGAAUAUGAAGCAACGAAAGACAAUACAGCAUCCAUCCGCCUCUCUUAUCUCAAGCUUCAAUCACAGGUGAAUAUUGUGAGGUGUUUUGUGACUGCGGUAAGUUCUUUCAUCGAGAUUGCUUGAAACGGUGGGUAGUUCCCAAUAAGAAUUGUCCGUGGUGUAGGGGCAAAAUCAUCCGUGUGCUUACGCUGUUGGGUGAUGAUUUAUGACAGAGUUAAAUUCUCAUUCUCUACUACUUAUUCGGGUCUACUUAGUCAAACGAGCAGGUAUUCUCCACCUCCCGCCAAGCGUUACCGUAUAACAGAAUAGGUAAGUUAGUAUCUUCGCCCUUGUUCCGCUCACGGAACGAAUGGAAUAUUUCCUCUACAUACUUCUCUAGUUAUGAGUUGAAAUCUUCAUUUUUGAGUUUGAGACGCUAAUAACAGCAGACGAGGUCUUCGGGAGCGGUGUUCGGGUGGGAGGUUCAGAGACUGCAGGAGACUCCCGUAGCUGGAUAGCGUGUGAGCUGCCAAGUGAUUUCUUGCCAUCAACCUCCAGGUCGGAUCCUGAACAGCAGCCUGCCUCAUCCUCCUCGGGACAGCAAGCGGCCUCCUCCUCCGUCGUGGCUCCUUCAGAUUUGAUGCAUGACGACAUGGUCACAGGGAGUUCUAGUAUAACUCAUCCUAGUAAUGAUCCUAGUCCCUCUUCUAGAACUUCUUCCGGUGCUAGUAGCACUGGAGGUGAUUUGCGGGGAGGACCAUCAUCGUCGUCUUCUAGAACAGCCUUGGCAGAGAAUUUGGGAGCGCUUGUAUCCUCACGAAGUCAGGCCAGCAGGCCUUCUAGUAAUCAGGGAAGCAGGCCUUCUAGUAGCUUCUCCAGACCGUUUUUUGUAACGCCGCCACCUGCUGACACGGAAGCCAGUGGGUCGGAGGAUGAAGAUUAGGAUGACAUCAUGAGCUCCUAUUCCUUGAAACGAAACUGCUGUCGAUGUGCUUAUGUUGAUGUUAACCAUGUUUGUAUAAGAUUUUUUCAAGAUAAUAUGAGGGAUCUGGUUUCAUUGUCAGUAGGUACAAAGAAAGGAGAAAAGCAAUGUCAUUUCUUCAUUUCACGCAACCUGUGGACACGUGGUCUACCGUGCCAGCAUGGAUACUUGGUAUGAUGGGUGGGACGGCGAGGGAGAGGGAAAGAGCUAACGGGGGUUUUAUGGCGGAUUCUGCGAGGACUCCCGGAGACGAGACUCUCACUCAUGAUGGCAUUCGGACUGAUAUCGAGGGAAUGGCGCAACAAGCAAGACGAGCCAUAGCGCCUUCAAUUAAGGCCGGAAAUGCACUUCAUAGAGUCCUACUUGGGAUUCUGAGAAAGUGAACCCAAGACAUGAAAUGUUUCGAGCUCUAACUACUCAAACAGCUCUCACCGUUCUGAUGCUCGUGCUCCUCCAGGAGGUUUGUCACAAAUCGAGGCGUCACCUUGCGAGUACCUUCCCGAUACGCAGGAGCUUUUUGUUACGUAAAAAUUCGAAAGCACUUUUACUUAUAAAUGACUGAAACUGUGAAAUGAAGUCUAGAAAGAUAUUAAAGGUUUGAGUGCAUGUGCUCAAGAGGUUGUUAUCAAUGAUAACUCAUCGUAGAAGAUAGCACUAUUCAUGAACGAGGAUGGUAACAGGAACAACAGCAUGCAUGCACGCAUACUACUAUUCAUAAUGUACCGCGUGUGUGUCCAAAGCAUUAGCACUUUUGUGUAUCGAAGAAGAAGAGUUCGAGUACACCAUUUUUUCAUUUUGCGAACUGAGUCAGAGUUAGAGGAGCCGACGCAUGGUACUGAGAGCUGCCCAAGCCUUCCGGGUCACGGAUACGACGCUGAAAGCCAACCGUGCGCAGUGCAAUAAUCGCUCGGAGGGCCACUACUGCAGUAGAUAUAGGUGCGAGGAAUCGGAAUUAUAGCUGAAGAAGACCUGUGUUCGGGAUUGUUUCAUCUCAUGUGGAAUUUUUUUGACUAUCUAGUAAGGUUUACUUGCUUAUAAUAUAGCUGAAGAAGACUAGUACAGUCAUGAGAACUACUAAGUAUAUCCGUGGUAUUAAUGAGCAGCAUGAGUAUGACUACAACUUCGAUAUGUGCAUUCCAAGAGCGGUUCUAACUAGUAGUAGUUGGCAUGAUUUUUCUUGACAAGCAACGAUAAUUCAUGUUUUUCAGUGUUUGCGCUUGGGCGUAGCUGGCAUAUUACAUAGAUGAACAACAUGGACGACGUGUUUUCAUACCAUUGGAUCAUUCUCCUCUUUUUUUGAGAAUUUAGAUUGAUUUCUUGAGCAAAACAUCUCAAUUUUGACUUUUCGCGUAAUGCAACUCCCCAUAAGUGUCACUUCUCCGCGUAAUGCAACACCACGUGCAUCCACCUCGUUCACUGCAUUGCCUUAUAGUGAUUAUUCAACUUGUGCUUGAACUGGAUGUAGUUGUACAAGCUAAAUUUUUUGCAUUUCUGUCGUGGUACAGGUCUUCCCACAUACUUGCUUUCUACAACACGGAGCCGUCGAUGUCUCGUUUCUAGAUGGCGUAUAGGGUACGUGUUUUACCUCUGUCAUAUGAAGUCUGACCCAUGUUGAUGCACUAGUUUCUUGGAGGAUGGACGAGUCAACAUUGUCGACGACCGUCACUCAGCGGC